AUGAAUGGAGCCAUAAAAGCUGCCAACAAGAACAUCAAAAAGAUCUUGAGGAAAAUGAUUGGCAAUCACAGAGGUUGGCAUGAGAUGUUGCCAUAUGCUUUGUUAGGAUAUCAAACGACUGUCAGAACAUCAAUUGGAGCAACCCCAUACUUGCUAGUGUAUGGGAUGGAGGCCUUGGCUUUGACUGAUGAAAAGAGAAUGACUGCCGUUUGCCAUGGUCAACUGUACCAGCAAAGAAUGACUCAUGCUUUUAACAAGCGAGUGAGACCAAGAACGUUUGAAGUUGGUCAGUUGGUUCUCAAACGCAUUUUUCCAUAUCAAGAUGAGUAUAAAGGAAAGUUAACGCCAAAUUGGCAAGGACCUUACAUGGUUCGCAAAGUGUUAUCUGGAGAUGCCUUAAUAUUGUCCAAAAUGGAUGGCCAAGGGUGGCCGAAAUCAAUCAACUCAAAUGCUGUUAAGAGAUACUACGUUUGA